AUGGAGAACUACCAGAAAAUCGAGAAAAUUGGUGAAGGCACCUACGGUGUGGUCUAUAAGGCCCGUGAGCUGAACCAUCCCAAUCGUAUCGUUGCCCUGAAGAAGAUCCGACUCGAGGCUGAGGAUGAGGGCGUCCCGAGUACCGCCAUCCGCGAGAUUUCCCUCCUAAAGGAGAUGCAGGACCCAAAUAUUGUACAACUGUUUAACAUCGUCCACGCCGACGGCCAUAAACUCUACCUCGUUUUUGAAUUCCUCGACCUCGAUCUGAAGAAAUACAUGGAGGCUUUGCCUGUCAGUGAGGGUGGUCGCGGAAAGGCCCUUCCGGACGGAUCGACCAUGACUCUCGGUCUUGGUGACGCCAUGGUCAAGAAGUUCAUGGCUCAGCUGGUGGAAGGCAUUCGUUACUGCCACAGCCACCGCAUUCUGCACCGAGACCUGAAGCCUCAGAACUUGCUCAUUAACCGCGAGGGCAACCUGAAGCUUGCUGAUUUUGGUUUGGCUCGAGCUUUCGGUGUCCCUCUGCGAACUUACACCCACGAGGUUGUGACCCUUUGGUACCGCUCACCCGAAAUUCUCCUUGGCGGGCGUCAGUACUCGACUGGAGUUGAUAUGUGGUCUGUUGGAGCCAUCUUUGCCGAAAUGUGUACCCGCAAGCCGCUCUUCCCUGGCGACUCGGAGAUUGAUGAGAUCUUCAAAAUCUUCCGUAUCCUGGGCACUCCCGACGAGGAGACGUGGCCUGGUGUCACCUCAUUCCCCGAUUAUAAGCCUACCUUCCCCAACUGGAAGCGCCCCGACCAACCUCUCGUUCCAGGUCUGGAGGAGGCUGGAGCCCAGCUUCUGGAGGCUCUGCUCGAGUACGACCCGGCCCAUCGAUUGUCAGCGAAACAGGCUUGUAUGCACCCUUAUUUCCGCCACGGCAGCUCACACUACUCUGGACGUUAA